CUGCAGCCGCCUGCGAGCGGCUCCGCUCCCUUCCCUCCGGCCCGGGGUCGCCCGAGGAUUAGGGGCGGGAGGGAGCUCCACCGGCGGGAGGCAGGGCGCGGAGGCGGGUCCGUCAGCAUCCCUGCGCUCCGCUCCGCCCGGGCCGGCGGCGCCGUAGGGCGAGCAGCGCUGCAGGCGCAGGAAGGGGCCGAGUUGCCGGAGGUCCCCGGGGCGCCGGCGGCUCCCUGAGGGCCGGAUCCGCGGCGGGAGAAGCCGCGGCUGCUGUUGCUGUGUCCGUCCGUCCCUCGCGGCACCGGCGCUCCCAGGAUGGGCCUCCCGGAGCUGGGGCUGUGGCUGCUGGCGGCGGCGGGGAUCGUGCGCGAGUCCCUACAAGGAGAGUUCCAAAGGAAGCUUUACAAGGAACUGCUGAAAAAUUACAACCCUCUAGAGCGACCCGUUGCAAAUGAUUCCCAGCCACUCACUGUCUACUUCACUCUCAGCCUCAUGCAGAUCAUGGAUGUGGAUGAAAAGAAUCAAGUAUUAACAACAAAUAUCUGGCUGCAAAUGUACUGGACAGAUCAUUAUCUACAGUGGAACGUGUCUGAAUACCCGGGAGUGAAGAAUGUUCGUUUUCCGGAUGGACUGAUUUGGAAGCCUGAUAUUCUUCUCUAUAACAGUGCUGAUGAAAGAUUUGAUGCUACUUUUCACACCAAUGUUCUAGUGAAUUCUUCAGGCCAUUGCCAAUACCUGCCACCAGGCAUAUUUAAAAGCUCCUGCUACAUAGAUGUGCGCUGGUUUCCAUUUGAUGUUCAGAAAUGUAACCUGAAGUUUGGAUCCUGGACCUACGGAGGCUGGUCCUUGGACUUACAAAUGCAAGAAGCAGAUAUAUCUGGCUAUAUUUCAAAUGGGGAGUGGGAUUUAGUAGGAGUUCCUGGGAAGAGGACUGAGAGCUUUUAUGAGUGCUGCAAAGAGCCCUACCCAGAUGUGACAUUCACAGUAACCAUGAGACGUAGGACUCUUUACUAUGGACUCAAUCUCCUUAUUCCUUGUGUACUGAUAUCAGCACUUGCUUUGUUAGUUUUCCUGCUUCCAGCAGACUCAGGAGAAAAGAUCUCACUAGGUAUCACGGUUUUAUUGUCUCUCACUGUCUUCAUGCUGCUUGUGGCUGAAAUUAUGCCAGCAACGUCUGACUCUGUGCCCUUAAUUGCUCAGUAUUUUGCCAGCACUAUGAUUAUUGUUGGUCUUUCUGUGGUUGUCACUGUUAUUGUUCUACAAUACCACCACCAUGAUCCAGAUGGCGGGAAAAUGCCUAAAUGGACAAGGAUCAUCCUUCUGAACUGGUGUGCUUGGUUCCUGAGGAUGAAAAGACCAGGGGAAGAGAAAGUGCGUCCUGCCUGCCAACACAAACAGCGCCGCUGCAGCCUGUCCAGUGUGGAGAUGAACACUGUGAGUGGACAGCAAUCCAGCAAUGGGAACAUGCUGUACAUUGGGUUUAGGGGGCUGGAAGGGGUUCACUGCACACCUACCACUGAUUCAGGUGUAAUCUGUGGGAGGAUGACCUGCUCACCAACAGAUGAAGAAAACCUGCUGCACAGUGGCCACCCUUCUGAAGGUGACCCAGAUCUGGCUAAGAUUUUGGAGGAGGUCAGGUACAUUGCAAACCGGUUCAGAGACCAGGAUGAAGAGGAAGCCAUUUGCAAUGAAUGGAAGUUUGCAGCCUCUGUAGUGGAUCGGCUCUGCUUGAUGGCCUUUUCAGUCUUCACAAUCAUUUGUACAAUUGGUAUUUUAAUGUCAGCACCAAACUUUGUAGAGGCUGUGUCUAAAGAUUUUGCUUAACUCCUAACUAGAACCUGCUUCUCUGAAUGGUAUGUAGCAAAUAAGAAUGUGGGGUUUUUGAUUGCUUGUUUCUAAUGAGUGUACUGCUUCUCACUGUCUGCUUUCUUUUGCCCCCCUCUCUGAUCCUGAGUUCCUUUUGGAAGAGUGGCACCAUUUCGCAAGGGAAGCUAAGGAUUUCUCUUUGGGCUGCCUGGGCACAGCUCCUUUGAGCCCUCAUUUGUGGAAAAUGCAGUGGCUGCAAGACCCUUCAGAAUGACAGGGUAUUGCACCACCAGCUCUUACACACGUUUGAACUGGCUAUCACAAAAUAAGAGGUAGGCAAUGCCACAAAUGUCACUUCUUCCAGAUUUUGUUGUAAAAGAUAACGCGGUCCAUCUUAACUAUUUGAAUGGUGAUUGUAAACACUGAUGUUUAGGAGGGGAUUAAAUCCACAUGGAUGCUCAAACAGCAGAGCAAAAGGGGAGAAGUAGUCGUCUUUUUGGUUACUGCUUCUUACUGAGCUGUCAUAUGUAGCUCUCAGGCUCACUUACAGCCAGUCAGCCUGUACCUCCCUCCAUGCACUUUGAAUAGAGCAGAAAUGACUUUCAGAAUUCUGAAUCAAAAACCUGAAAGUUAAGGGGUCAUACCUUAUAACUUGUCCUUCCAUAUCUUUCUGGAUUUGACCUAGAAGUUUGGCCUGAAUUCUUAAACAGGCUUCACAGUAAUUUGUGCAGUAUUUACUACUUCUUCCUUCUCCCCAGAAAGGCACUCUUUCAACUGAUGACCUUUUUAACUAUCAGAAAGAAAAAUGAUUGAUUUAUGAUGCCUUUAUUAUCACUUGUUUAAAAAAAACCCAACAACUCCCACACUUGCCUCUUUACUGCUAACCAGAUUCCAGUGAGGAAAAAGUAACUCAGUGUCUUGUACAGGCUUAAGCAUAAGUGAGGAAUCUAAAGCAAAGAAGCCAGUAAAUCCUGAGAUCAAUGUUUUCAUUUAAAAAUUAAAUGUUUGAUCUGCUGUGUGCCUCUCCUUCUAUAGAACUCCUCCUGUUGAGUCACCAUAACAUUGUUGUUACAAGAAAACUCACCUUUUCUGCUCAGUUUAUCAUCAGAUGAGUAUUAAUGAAUAAUAAAGUUUUUUGGGUCUGAUAUAAACUAUAAAAUGUAUAAAUAUAUAUUUAUAUAUACCUAGCAUAUACAUCCACAGAAAGAUUAAGACUUAAAUAUAAAUUCUCUUGAGCCUAGAAAGAUUUUUGCAAAGGCAAAACUAAUA